AUGGCGGAGCCGUCAAAAGACACACAACAACCCCCCGCCGAUCAGGCUAACGCUCCUGCUGCGUCCUCCUCUUCGGCAGCCGCCGAUGCUUCCUCGUCAGCUCCUGCCAGCGGCGGCAAGAAGCAGCCGAUGACGGUGCUCGUCAUCGGCAUGGCUGGAUCCGGAAAGACGACUUUGAUGCAGCGUAUCAACUCGUACCUGCACACGGAGCAGAAGCCGGCAUACAUUGUCAACCUCGACCCGGCUGUGAGCCACAUGGGCUACUCGGCCAACAUCGACAUUCGAGACACAGUCGACUACAAGGAGGUCAUGAAGCAGUACAACCUCGGACCGAACGGUGGUAUUAUGACGGCGCUGAACCUGUUCACGACCAAGUUUGACCAGGUGCUCGGCUUCGUGGAGAAGCGUGCGGAGUCUGUCGACUACAUCCUUGUCGACACACCAGGACAGAUUGAGAUCUUCACCUGGUCCGCCUCCGGUGCUAUUAUCACGGACGCUAUCGCUUCCUCGCUGCCGACGUGCGUCGCGUACGUCAUCGACACGCCGCGGACGACUGCCCCGGCGACGUUCAUGAGCAACAUGCUCUACGCAUGCUCGAUUCUGUACAAGACGCGCCUCCCGUUCAUCCUCGUCUUCAACAAGGUGGACGUUGAGCCGUGCGACUUCGCCAAGGAGUGGAUGGCCGACUUUGAGAAGUUCCAGGCGGCGCUCGAGGAGCGGGGACGGGAUGAGAACGGGGAGAACUACAUGAACUCUCUGAUGAGCUCGAUGUCGCUCGUCCUCGACGAGUUCUACAACAACCUCCGCGCCGUCGGUGUCUCGGCCAUGACGGGCGAGGGAAUGAAGGAGCUGUUCGAGGCCGUUGAGUCGUGUCGGAAGGAGUACGAGGAGCCAGAGCUCGACCGCCUGAAGGCGGACAAGGAGGCAAAGGCGGCGGCCGCGAAGCAGGGCCACCUCGAGCGCAUGCUGAAGGACAUGGGCGUGAAGGACAAGCCGAAGAACCCCUUCGGGCCGCAUGUGCGCAAUGACCGCGCGGACGCGCUGUUUGAUGACGAGGGCGGCGAUGCCGACGAGCGCGACCCGGAGGAGGAGGAGGCGAUCCGGCGCCAGAUGGAGCUCGAGGAGGAGGCAGAGCACCACAUGACCCUCGGCGCGGGAGAUAUCGUCGAGGACGACAUCAUCCAGGUCGACCCCCAGAGCCGAUCGUAG